UGCAGGUGUGAAGUUCUGCUGUUAAGAUUAGACAGGUAACACACAGGUGAAGUUACUCUCUGCGUGUAGACACCUCUUCCUUUUGUCUUCGCAAUGGAGCUGCCAUCUUUAUUGCUGUGUGCACUGUUAAAAGCCCUGGCUGUGUACUGUCAAGAGGAGGCACAGGGCCGUAUAGUGGGAGGAUACGCACCAGUUCCACAUUCAAUCAAGUACACUGUGUCGAUACAGACGACAAGGCGUCAGCACAUUUGUGGAGGCUUCUUGAUAAAUAAGUACUGGGUACUCACAGCGGCACACUGUGACAUCGGGGUUGAAAAUAUGGUGAUAGUAGCAGGGGACUACUCUCUGACCAUCUUUGAAGGCACAGAGCAAGAAAUCCUGCCCAAACUUCUGGUUCCCCACCCUGAUUACAACAGCACUACCAACAACAGUGACAUCAUGCUCAUAAAGCUGAAGGCCCCCGUUUACCUGAACAGCUACGUUUCCAUCGCUCUGUUACCCCGACACGGCGCCUCCAUAUCGGCGGGCAGAAUUUGCCGAGUCUCAGGAUGGGGAUACACCAGCCCCAGCGGAGGCCAGAUCCCCUCCACCAUCCACACCGUGAGGCUCCCCAUCGUGUCAACGCAACAAUGCAACAGCAGCGAGUCCUUUGACGGCCAUAUAACAGAAAACAUGCUCUGUGCUGGUUACAGUAUAGGUGGAAAGGAUGCCUGUCAGGGUGACUCUGGAGGUCCGUUGGUGUGUGAGGGACGGGUUUAUGGCAUUGUGUCCUGGGGGAUAGGAUGUGGAGAUGCUCAGUUCCCUGGAGUCUAUACAGCUGUGUCCAAGUUCCGCAGGUGGAUAGACAACACCAUAUUUAGCUACUACAGCAAGUGUAACAAGAAUUAAAAAACAAGUGUUCAUCAGAUUUUUUUUUUUUUUAAACUCAAUGGAGAUUUUUCUUAUUUCAAUUCUAGUGCAUAUUUCACUAUUUGUCAAAGGAAUAGUUCAACAUUAUGGAAAAUAAGCCUAUUGCCUUUCAUUCAGAAUAAAACAGAAGUCUGACACCUUUAUCAUGCUCGGCUAAUAAUAGCUACAACUGGCUUUAAAGGAGCUAACUUAGCGCAAAGGCCCUCUCUAUCACCGGGGGAAACCUAGACACAGCGGUUCUCUGGCUGGGGGCUAGUGAGUAACCCCACACCCACCUGGCGCCCAUCACCUUGGGCAACUCCAGAAAAGGAGAGAGCCCUGCCCCUCUCCAGGAGAUUGAUGUCAGAACUAGAGCUUUGCGUGCAUGUGAGCCCAACUGCGUCUAGUUAGUAGCCUUCUACCUUCCGCGCAAGCUACGACUCCUUCCCCUGCAGAGAGAUAAUGUUCCACAUACCGAGAGCCGGUCUACACUGCCAGGGAUCAGCACACCAAGGCCACCGCCUUCUCCUGACCCACGGUCUGCAAUGCACCUGACCCCCAUGCCCAUCCCUGCAGGUGGUGGCCCCACAGGCAACUCCAUGUUUUAUCUUCAGGUUGAAAUCCACUCAAAGUUUCAAAUACUGGAAAUAAGGGGUAACAGCUAGUCAGGCUCUGUGCAAAGAGAAACAGAGGUCAUCUUUCUUCACAUCUUAAGCUAACCAAUUAGCAUGCUAUGUUACGUGUGUAAUCUGUACAAAAAACAGGGUUUUCUUUUUUUUCAGGCCAGACUUUUAGUUAGUGCUAAGCUUAGCAGAAUGUAU